AUGUCUGCUGAACAAUCGUUGAAAAAUAGUUUUACUUAUUUUGGUUAUUUGGCUAUGUUAGAAGGUUUUGCAUUGCUCAUAUUUCCAAAUUUAGCAACAAAACUAUUAUUUUUAUUACCACUUCAAUCACCUCAAGCAGAACAAUAUGCUCGAGUAGCGGGUUUAGGUUUAAUGGUUAUUGGAUAUUAUUAUUAUAUUGCUGGAAAAAAUACAUUAAUUCCAUUUUUUAGAGAAUUACUUUUAAUUUUUACUGUUCUUGAUUUUAGUUCUUUAGAAACAUCAUUCGUGAUUUUUGGUAUACAAGAUUUAUUGACUGGACUUUAUUCGUAUGUACAUUUAAAAGCAUUUGAUACAGAACAAGCAAAAACAAGAAAAUAA